AUCUUUCGGCCUCUGCACAAAUGUCCUCUUUCUAAAACCUGCCUCCAUGUGAGUCAGACUAUCAUCACAGUCUAUUAUAUUUGUAUAAAGAGCCAAAGUUCAUGAUUUGCAUUGAAAUGGCCUUCCUUCCUACAGAUUUCCUUUUUCAGACUCAUCUAGAGGACCACCCUCCUUACACCUCUCACACUGGCCUCCCCUCAUGUACACCUCAGGACUUCCAUGGUGUUAUCCCAGUCCUAAUGAAGAGAUCCAUGUCUUUCUCUGGGGUUGAUGGGUGUGAGGAAGUGCAUGGAGAUGAUGACUUUUCGGAUGAUGGAUCGCAGGCUGGGGAGAAGAAGAGGAGGCUCAACUUGGAACAGGUGAAGACCCUUGAGAAGAACUUUGAGUUGGGCAACAAGCUUGAGCCUGAGAGGAAAAUGCAGCUGGCUAGGACCUUGGGUCUGCAACCCAGACAGAUUGCUAUAUGGUUCCAAAACAGGAGGGCCAGGUGGAAAACCAAGCAACUAGAGAAAGACUAUGACCUCUUGAAGAGACAGUUCGAAGCAGUCAGGGCUGACAAUGAUGCUCUUCAGGCUCAGAACAAGAAGCUUCAUGCAGAGUUAUUGGCUCUAAAAAGUAGAGAACCCAAGGGAGUUGGACCCAUAAACCUUAACAAAGAAACUGAUCAGAUUUCUUGGAGCAAUGGAAGUGAGAACAGCUCCGGCAUCAACCUAGACAUCUCAAGAACAACUCUCAUAAACAGCCCCGUCUCUUCCCAAUUAAGCAGCAAGCAAUUCUUCCCUUCAUCCCUCAGGCCAGCAAGCAUAACCCAACUCCUCCAAGGCUCCCCAAGAUCAGACAUCCACUGCCAAAAGAUCGACCAAAUUGUUCAAGACGAAAGCUUCUGCAACAUAUUCAGUGGCAUCAGCGACCAGUCUGGAUUAUGGGCUUGGCCGGAGCAGGACCAUUUCCAUCAAAACCAGGCCUAGUUCUCAAACAAUGACACAGGGACUGCAACUUUUUGUGAUGGCUUAGUGGGAAUAGGAGGGUAAUUAGGCUUCUGCAUCAUCAGCUCUAAUUCAUGUUUUUCGCUGUAGAGUGGUGUAUAGAGUCGGGUAUAUCUACUUAAAGUUCAGUUGGGAUGGAUAUUAGUGUGGGGAAUCAGAGGGCUUUGAAUUCUAGAAUUUCUUUUCCAUGCUGCUGUGAUACUUUUGCUAGGUUGGAUUGUUGAAAGGGAAAAAGAAAAAAAAAAAAUCUAAGUUACAUUGCAUGUGUCAGUGGGUGGGUUUUCCAGCUCUGGCAUGUAGUAUGGGCCAUGAAAUAAAAAGGAUUCUCUCCUUUGCAUUUUUCAA